AUGCUACUACGAAGACCCUUUACAAAGUUUACCCUGUCGAUAUCCACCCUUUCCAAGGAGGAGAAAAUCCUCUUUAGUUUGAGGUUAUCCAGUACGUGCCUCGCGAUUGUGAUGAUUUUGUUGAUGUUAGUUGGUCCUAUUGUUAUUAAAUCGUUUUACAUAACUAGGGUCAAUUGUUCCCGGUUGGAUGUUUCACGUGGGCUUUACAACUCUUUGAAGAAUUCCGUUGGUGCCGCUACUUCCAUUUUAGGCGUGGGGGAUGGAAGCUAUGUACCUAUGGGAUCUGGAUUAACCAGUAGUGAUAUUCAACUAUUGACAGAUUAUGCCGAGGAACAAGUUGGUGAGGCACCACAGUAUUGUUUGACAUCACUAUGGCGAUUCUGUUUUGGCAACUAUGACACUUACUCGGUGAAUGGAACAAACGGGGAGGAGAUUAUUAGAAGAAGAAACGAGCUGUUAACUUGUAUUGGCAAUUCAGGAAUCGCUUUCGACUACCGCUCACAAUUAUUAUCCAUUGGACUUCAAAGUAUCCUAGCUUAUGCUUAUCAAAGUCGACUAUACACGGAUGAAACAUAUGACCGGUUUAUAAAUGAAAGAGAAAAAAGAUUCAAGUUGGGUAUAAACGCCAUGAUAUUCACAAUUUGCGUUCAGGCUGUUUUGUUAUUUGCUUUGUUAGUAAUUUAUGCCAAUCGGGGCCCAACAAAAGAUCUUAGUAGGAUUCCAAAUAUUGUGCUACACGUUAUAUCUAUUUUAUCAGUGAUUGGAUUCUGCAGCUCCAUCAUUGAACUGGCUUUAAUCACGAACUUGAUAAAUCUCACCACAAGCGAGGUCAAAUCCAAAUUAGGUGAUUUUGGAGUGAGCUUUACUUCGGGACCUGCAUGGAUGACAUUCAUGUGGCUCUCUUCGGUCUUCUGCGCAAUUGCAAUGGCAAGCUGGGCUUUACCAAUGUGGUGUGCCAACCCACCUGACGAGAGCAGACACAAACUAGAUGACUCUUUAUUGAUAAAUUUGAAUAGACAUGUAGAUUGA